AAAAAAUAUUUUUUUUUAUCAAUUUUAUGUUUAUAUACACUGUGAUAUGUACGUAAUUUCGUUUAUUAGAGAAUUGAUAUAGUUCUUUUUCUAUUAUGAUUUGUAAAUAAAUGUGAUACAUUUAAUUCUAAAAUGGAGGAUUGUAUAGAAAAUGUAGACUACGCGGAUAUAGCUCAAAUGAAACGUGAAGUAGAAGACACAGAAUCAACCAAGGGCGGAUCCAGCUUUGGCGCCAGGGGGGGGUCACAUAGUUGUGGUCAAGUCAAGAGGUUGACAGAAUAUAAAUCGAAAAUUGAAAGAGGUAACUUAAACGUCCUGUUUAAACCUGGUACUUCAAUCUACAGCUGUUCGAUGUGUGACGCUAAAUACGAAUGUAUCAAAAAUGCGAGACGACACUAUAGAUAUAAACAUGCGAAACUCAAAUCAUAUACUUGUAACAAAUGUCAAGAGCUGAAUUUUCUAACAAGAUUUUAGGAGCGUGAUGAAGAUAAUUCAAACAUAGGAAAAUACGCCGUAAAUUGUACUAAGAAUAAAAGCAAGGACAAUGAGGACGUUAAAGAAAUGUUACAGCGUAGUAUUGGUAUAUAGGUAUAUAGGUAUAUAGGUAUAUAGGUAUAUAGGUAUAUAGGUAGUAUAUUGGUAACACUGAAUGCUUAUGUCCCUGGGCUCUGUCAGAAUAUGUCAUUUUUUUAAUGAUUGAAGUCCUUAAGGGGCGGUUACGGCAAAUUGCGCAUCUUUGGAGGCAUAGAACAGGAUUUCUACAAAGAUUUGAUUCGUGAUAUUUUAGUAUGUGUAACUUCAGUCCUUUAACUAAAGGCUCAUGGAACAGAAUCUUGAUUGGAAAAACCCUAAUGUGGGAAAGAGACCAUAAGUUGCUGCCAACAUCAAGGAAGCAAGGUUGUCACAUGUCAUAC